GUUUAUUUUAAAUCUUCGGUUUGACGUGCACAACCAUGGAGGUAAGACACAUCGUAUUAUGUUGAAUUAAAACCAUAUGUAUGCUUAAAAAUAUUUUUAUUUUGAGUCACCUCGUGCGAUAUACUAGGACUUGAUGGUCAAUUGAAAUAUGCGACUCCCCAUAGAGCUGUCCUGUAUAGACAAAUAUAACGGGAUUUGUUGUAGAAUGAGGCAGAUUUAUAGGGCAGCAUAGCACUAACUCUAUGGUGUUAAAUGUUUCUUGUAAUUGUACGAAUAUCUAGAAAAAAGCAGCGAAGCUGGGUUUUUUUUCAGUUAAAUUUACUGUCGUUCCAAUUGAAGUGUUGCUGAAAUAUUGAUUCAAUACAUUACCUCGGGCUGACCAAUUCAUUUCAUCAAGUUCCUCGAGAUAUUCAUACACUUCCUAGUAUAAUUGUAAACUUCCUGUUGAAUAGUUUGAAUGCACCAAUCACCUUUGGUUGUUUGUACAACUAACCAAUCAUAAAUAGAAAGGAAGUGACCAGAAAUGAUCAAAUACUUGGAAUUGGCUCUUUCACAGGAAGUGUAUGAAUAUGUCGAGGAACUUGAUCAAAUGAAUUGGUCAGCCCGAGGUAAUGUAUUGAAUCAAUAUUUCAGCAACACUUCAAUUGGAACGACAGUAAAAAAAAAAAAAAAAAAUCAAAUGGCCCGUCCCUAACUUGUAGUGGCCUAAUGCCCUAAAUAUUUAAACAUAUUUAGGGCAUUAGGCCACUACAAGUUAGGGACGGGCCAUUUGAUUUUUCAUGGGGGGGGGGGGGGGGCGCAAAUCCGAAAAAAAAUAUCGAGCAUGUCGCGAAUGGAAGAAAAAAAUCGAACAUCACUGACACCAGCAAAAUAAAAUAUCGAGCACAAAAAAUUUCUAAAUUAGCAAUACUCUAUACUGAAAGAAAAAUUCAGUUUCCUUGAGUUUUUUUUUUCUGUUGAGUGUUUCGGUUCCGCCUUGGUUAACAAUACCGGAAGUAUACAUACAAAAUACAAACCGAUACAAACCAGUUCUGACAACUUUUACUUCAAUAAUUCAAUUAUCCACAAAUUACCUUAAUUUAAUGGUAUCCCUAAAAACCCCAAUCUUAACACUGAAAGUCCCACACUUCUGUUAAUAUGACAUCGAUUAAUGAGGGUGGGAAAGGGGAGGGGGGGGGGGUAUGGUUCACGUUUCACAAAAAAAAAACCGUUUCACAAUUCACGUGCCUUAAAAAAGCAAUUUCACAUUUCACGGAUAAUGAGACUCUAAUAAAAAUAAUACAAUAGCUUUAAGAUUAUGUUUAAUGCAUGGUACAGUAAGUUUAAGUUCUCUUCUCUGCCUGGCAGUUAAAAACUACUUACAAGUUUGAGUGACGAGUAUGUCUGACGACCUCUGAAAGGCCUCCGAAGUUUCUACUCUUGUACAAUCGAGUGAGAUCGAUCAAAUAAAUUAUUAUCGCGUAUUAUGUCCAUUAUGACUAUUAUAAAAUAGAUCGAAAUAAACAAAGCAAAAUCACAGUUCACGAAACAGACAUCUUUAAUUCCCAUUUCACGGAGCAUUUUUAUUGACGAUCAUGCCUCACGGCUGUAGAACAAAUAACAUUUCACGACAGUAAAAUCAAGCAUUUCACACGACACGAACAAAUAUUGACCAUUCACGGCCCACGAAAAUACCCUUUCCCACCCUCAUUAAUAUCGCUCUCUGAUUCUUAAUAAAAAUCGCAGUUUAUAAUACGUAUUGGGAACACUGAUACGAUUGAGAACCGUGAGAAUUUGUAUAUAGAUACCAUUAUGCCAAUGCAAAAUGGGUUACACACUUACACUUGAUCCAAUUUUGAUCGGGGCUAUGGUCUAUGUUUCGUAGACCAAUGAUUUUAUUGCAAUUAAUUAAUUGCAUGAGAUUCAAACAUUGGCCAAGUAUAAAAUGGGCUGUGAUAGUUAUAGAAUAGGAAGGUAUACCAGAAGUCUCACUCAAGCAAGUAUUUGUCCGCGUUUUUACAAGCGAUUCGUCAUCAAUCACGCCAUCCUGGCUAGUACAAUCGGCACUUUCACUUUGUACCUACCAAAACCUGAUAAAAACUUCCGGCUGUACUAGCCAGGAUAGCGUGGAUUGGCGUGAGCGAGUUAAAAUUUUUGUGGGUUACACUUCUGCUAUACUUUCCUAUUUUGUGGUUAUAUGCUGUAUAUUCAAAUACAUUCUUCAGCCGGAAUAUAACCAUAUAUGAAUGAUGGUUUUAUAAAAAUACUGAAUGCAGGUAUUAUUGUAUUAACGCUAUAGUAAAAAUUUUACUGUCCACAUUUUUGUGGUCCUUCUUGUCCCUUUUCAUCAAAAUAUUAUAGGGUUUUACAUAAAUUGCAUUUAUAUUAUUUAAAAAUUGACAUGCAUCACAAAUUACAAAGGAAUUUACAUAUCAAAAUGAUCUAUUUCUAAUUUUUUCCGAGGGGUCCGACACAGCUGAAAUCUCUUACACUCGACUCAGAAAUCAACAGAAAUCAAACCCGAAAUCACGAGAGAAAUUAGUAGAUUUUGAAAUCAGAAAUCACUAAAACUUCGUUAUUAUUGAGCCCACAGUCUUAUAUGACAGCGGUAACUCACAGAAAUCAGGAAAUCGGGUUAGGAAUCAGGUCAGAAAUCACGUUAGAAAUCAAGAAAUCGCAUCGUAAAUCAACAGAAAUCCGUUUAGAAAUCAACAGAAAUCAGAUUAGAAAUCAAGAAAUCAGGUUAGAAAUCGCGUGAUUUCGAAAUCUUGUACGCUUCAUGUGGCCGUGUUGGACCCCUCGAUUUUUCCCCUCGUAAUUUUUUAAUCUUGUGCAUGAUGGCCAAAUGAGAACGCAGACCUAUAAGGCAGCGAUUUUUACCCCUCAAUACUUCAUUUUGCUAAGUCUUUCUAGUGUAAAAUAUUGAAUAUUUAUCGUUCUAUAAGUUAAAUCAGACAUGGCCUUUGAGGCGCGCGAUUGCGCACGCACCUCUGCAUGCGCCUUGACUCCUCGAGACGCACCUUUUAACCUGCGCCUUGUUUGUUUUAAGAGUAUGAUAUCGCGCGUCUGGUUUUCUAUUAUGAUGCUUGUGAUGUUACUCUGAGUGUACAGCCACACCCGGGCAGGCUUGAAAAAUAUGCCUGGCCACGGUGGGAAUCCUACGACCUUUGGAAUACUAGCCCAAUGCUCUGCCAACUGAGCUACGCGGUCAGGUCGGUUCGAGUAUGUGAUAACAUGUGGUAUGAUAACAUAUGAUUUGAGGUAACAGAUUAUAACCUUCAAAAUAUUUCAAGCGGUCUUUGUCUGCCACAACCACGCACCAAUAGCAUGAAAAAUAGUUUCAUGUAUGAUGGUGCUAAAUUAUGGAACUCUAUUCCAAGUGAAAUCAGGGUAAGCCAAUCCCUGUCAAGCUUUCAAAAGAGAAUUGCUGCUCACAUUUUCUAAAUAAAAGACAACUAUUAGGUCUACUACUUGUAAAUAACUAUUCUGCUAUUUCUACUAUCUAAUUUGUACUACUUGUUACUAUUUCUCGUUUUUGUAAAUAACUAUUCUGCUAUUUCUACUAUCUAAUUUGUACUACUUAUUACUAUUUCUCAUAUUUGUAAAUACCUAACUGUAAAUCUUCUUUUACACGCCCCCUGUGGAAAUCAGCUUCAGUUGACAGGGUUAGCGUGGGUAAAUAAAGUUUUUCUAUCUAUCUAUCUAUCUAUAUUUCGGAACUGAGUCUAGUUCCUUCGAUAUCAGUGUAAUCUAAUAAUCAUGGGGUCGCAAAAUUUCGACCAUCUAGGGUUAGAUUAGGAUUAGAGUGGAGUUAGAGGUUAGGGGUUAGAGGUUAGGGUUAGGAUCAGGAUGGAGUUUCCCCAAAAUAAAUGAUUAUCAUCUAUUUGUGCAAUCUCGACAAUUGAUGCUAUUCGUCUAUUUAUCCCAGAGACUGUGCUGCCUCCACAGAGGCUUCUAUGUUCUUUCCCACCUCCACCAUGUAAAGUGUAGUGAAAUGUAUCAUGCAACCAUAGCCAACAGAAGCCUCUGCGAAGGAGAGAGCUAUAUAAAGGCCAAAUAAAAAUGUACUGUAUUAAAUAGUUUUUGAUAUUUUGGUUAUUGUUCUGAUGGUAACAAAAAACAAAAGUGUCAAAAGUGAAUAUUCACCCAGGGGCAUAGGCAACAAGUGGGGGCGGUUUGGUGGGGGCAUGGUCCCCUGGAAAAUUUAGCUAUUUUUAAGGAUUUGCGAACCGAAAUCCUUUAUGUCAUCCGGUGUGUAAGAUAGAUAGGUAAAUAGAUAGUAACACAAAUGAUGUUGAGUUCCGAGUCGAGUAUUCUCUAGCUAUUAUCCACCAUUUGUGUUUGUCGUUAUUUACGAUCUUCUGGGCAAAAGCCCCGCUCAUUUUCGUAGAAUACACCAACGACUAAACAUUGUACCACUUACUUUGAGCUAAAUGAAGGAAUAUACAACUGUUUUGUGCUAGAAAUACAAAUGGAAAAGGUCCUGAAAGACAAGUUCAACUCAGUGGUCCUGAUUACAAUUCGACUGGGCUUUGUAAUCAUUUAAUUCAAACCAGAGUAGCGAGCGAAAAAUUAUUGACAUACCUGGUUGCAGUGAACUAACAAACUUUAAACCCCUGUUGUUGUUUUAUGAGCGGCCUACUGUAUUUUUAUACAAUUUUAUUUUGCAGUAGUUACUACGAUGGGUUUUAUUCUGAAAGCUGAAGUGCACAACUUUACUUGAUAAAUUGAGGAUUGUAGACAUCUUCAAACAACCAUGCAUUAAUAAUAGACUAUGGUCUAAUAAUCCAUGCUACCAUUUACAUAUAAUGUCUAGUUCGAUCAUAAAAGUGUUAACAAAGCGUAACAAAGCCAAGUCAUGCAUCAUGAUUGUAUCUUGUUGAAAACCAAAAUCUAGUCCGUUCAUUAGAUUUCAAGAUGGGAUAUAUCUCGUUUUUAUCGUAAUUUUAAACAGUCCUAACAUUUUAACAAGGGAGCUGUUCCAGAGAGGCAUGAACCGCCAGAAAAUUUUCAUUCUUGUGUCUCUGAAACACGACUUCCAGCGUUUCAAGUAAUUACAAGUAGUAAUUGUAUUACUCAGAAUACCAUACUGAAUAUAGGGAUAAUUACCAUUGCUGGUCUGAUCUUCAAAAAUUAAAUAGAAAUAAAUUGGAAUAACUGUAAUACUAUCUGUAUUUCAAUUAUACAAUAAAUAUGUUUCAAUUGUGUAAUAAUGCCAAAUCGACAAAAAUUUGUUAUAUCAAAAGUUAUUUCUCAAUUUGAAAUCUUUGGAGGCCCAAAAAACCCAGCUGAAAGUUAAUUUAGCAAAAGUUAUUCAGUCCCCUGAGCUCCCAACCAUCAUAGAAUAAUCAGACAUUUCAUCAUUAUACUUGCAGACAACUACAUUGUAUGGACUUCCCAUGGGAAAUGUGAAUGCGAGUUGGGCCUGGCAGUUUCAUAAUUACACCUGAAUCUCCUUGAUUUUCACACGGUUCUAUGUCGAUCCAAAAUCUCAAUAUAACCGGACCACUUGGCCUGUUUUCCAGCUAUUAACAGCAUCACUAAAUGCCAUAAAUUAUCAAAAUUUUAAUCUUAUGCACUUCAUGUUUUGGGGAUACUAUACAUACAUAGCUAUUAUAUUCAGCUCACUCCCCAACGGGGCUUUUCACUUUUUCAGUGACCGAUUACAUCAAGUAUUACGUUUACUUAUAUUAUCUGCUUAGUCUACACGGCAAAAAACGCCGAGCCCGCUGCUCAACAGGAUUGAACAAUGUUUUGCUGCCCACGUUGUUCACACUUGUCAACAGUAUUGAACAAUACUGUUGAGCCUGAAUCGGGUGUAACAAUAUUGUUCAAUAUUGUUGACAGCUAGGAACAAUGUAGGCAGCGAAACAUUGUUCAAUCCUGUUUUUAUCAGUAUUGCAUCAACCUGAGCGUUUUUACGCGUGUAGACUAAUUAUCUUUACAACAUUUGUGAUAUUACUUCCUAAACUGUGUUUACCCUAACCCACCCUGUCAACUUUCCCUGUGAGAGGAAACCGGAGUGCCCGGAGAAAACCCAUGACUUUCGGCAGAGCGUUGACUGACUCUUUUCACAUGCAUGGGCCCGUAGCGAGAAUCAAACUCGCGUUCUCAGAGUUGAAACUUGAAAGGCGCUUGCUCUGACGACCAGGCAUGUGUGUGGUAUUGACUACUAUAUUAAACAAUUCCUUUGCUUCGUCUCUCCCCAGAAAAUCAGCGCUCCGUAUAUCCACAUAUGUUGGUUGCUUUUCCAGUGUUGUUGUAUAAGGUUACAUAUUCCUGAAAUUAUACUGUUUUGCUUCAUUUGUAGCAACUACAUAAAUUGCUGGAUAGCUUCAAGGACAGCACUGGUGAUUUCGCUUGUAGUGGGUUUCUGCCUGAGCUAUGUUUACCAGGUUUGGUUAUUGAGAAUGUCGGACAUAUCUCACUCCCAGUGCAAGAUGAACAAGUCCAGAAGAUCAUUGAAGUAGCGAAGAAAGCUCCUUUUGGUUUAGGUGCUAAAACAUUGGUUGAUGAAACUGUGAGAAAAACAUGGCAAUUGGAUCCCAAUCAAAUUACGAUAAAGAAUGAACAUUUCCUCGCUGGUGUAGAAAAUGUUGUUUCUGCUGUGAAGAAACAUCUUGGUUGCGACAAGAAAGCAGUUCAAGCUAAUCUCUAUAAAGUUCUGCUGUAUGAGAAAGGUGGACAUUUCAAAGCUCACAGAGAUACGGAAAAAGAAAACAGAAUGUUUGCCACUAUGGUCAUUCAGUUACCAUCGAAGUUUGAAGGUGGCAAGAUUACAGUUCGUCAUGCAGGCAAUGAAAAAGUGAUGGUUAUGGACGGAGACCGUUCUGCAUACUGUUCUAAAUAUGCUGCUCACUAUUCAGAUUGUGAGCACGAGGUGAGUGAAAUAACCAGUGGUUAUAGACUGGCUUUAGUCUAUUCGUUAUGCUGGACUGCACGUGGUAACCCACCAUCUGCAGGUACUGGUGCAGCCAUUGUAAGAGAUAUUGCGAAAGUUUUACCACAAAUCUGCACUGGGGAUAGAAACCUAUUCUCGUGGUUUCUAUCUCAUAAAUACAGCGAAUCUGGUUUGUCUGGUUCCGGUAUCGAUGCGUUGAAAGGAGCUGACGCAGCUGUGGCAAGAGCACUGCAACAAGCAAACGAACUUUUACCAGAAGACCAGCAAUUUGAGUUUCACAUUGCUGAGGUAAAACGUGAGCUUCAACAGUUUGGAGAUUUCUGGGAUGAAGAUUCCUGGGAAGGUGGGUUUCAACCCAAUGGCGAUGAAGAAGAAGAAAUCGACAUUGAAAAUUGGUUUGGUUUUGAUGGGACACCUUCCAACCCAAUAGUUGCUGGUAAGGAUCUAGAUAUUGAAAGCGACGUGGUUAACUUUCAACGGCCAAGAAGUAUGUCGGCAAAACAUGCCAUUCAGCAGUUAUGGGGGGAGGCAGAUGGCGAAGACAACAGUGGUCCUACUGGUAAUGAAGGAGCUACACAGACGUAUUGGUAUAAUAGUUAUGCUAUCUUCGCUUGGCAGAAAGAUAAUGAGGUUAACCUUAGAUGCAAGGUAAAUGGAUAUCACUCAGCCGUCGUGUGGGUAUCUGAGAAGUUAAAGAACCUCCAGAAACAAGAUCCUAACAGCCCUGUGUAUAAAGAUGCGAUGUCCGAUUUAAAGAUGGUGAUUGAUUAUGCAAUUUCCAAGAAUAUUUCAGUGUCAGAAACUGCAGUGUUCGCGAUGCUGCACACGUUUUGUAAUAUUCGCAGUGAAGCUGUUGUGUUGGCAAACCGAUUCAUUACAGAUGUUAUGGGAAAGUAAGUGUAAUUUUGCUCGUUACUAAGAUAUUAGGGAGAUUAAACAAGCCCACUUUUGUCUACACGAACCUCACGCGUAAACUUAUAGAGAAGGCAACAGCUGUUCUUGCCCGAUGCGUGAAACUGUAUAAAUUAACUGCUAGCUCCUUAAUUGAGGCUAAAUUAUGGCGCGCGCGAAGGUAUCUCCAAAUGACUGUUUCAUUUCCACUUUUCGGCAUCUCAUUAAUAGUAACUACUGUAGUUGUGAAAUCAGUCAUGUCAAGUACAUAUAUUGUAUAUUCUCAUCUAAUCCUAGCAGUAAAUGAUUAUCAGAUUAUAAUCGUAGCACUGGUUAAGGAUUAAUUUAUUAAAAUUCUACGUAUGGCAUGUAUGAAAUGUAUAGGUGUCAUUGUAUAGUUGAAUAUAGUGCCAUGAAUCUCUCUGUUUCUUGUUAAGAACGUCGAGUCCGCAAUGUCUUGGCGACAUCUACAUCAUCCCGGCUCUUGUUGAUGUUACCAUUCAUCUCGGUUGGCCAUCGUUAUCAGAGUCCCUGAAGAAGUUGUUUGAUCUGAGUCCAGUUUCUCAACAUGGAAUUUGGGCGAAUUUUUUCAAGUCGCUUUUCAAAACAAAUGUCAAGAAUGUACUCCAGAAAGAUGCUUGUUUCAAUGCCAUGGUUACGCGUUUAGCUGAGAAAGUUGAAGUUGAUGCUCAAAAUAACCAUCUCGAAGCUCCUGACACAAAGAACCGAGUUGAAGAAAUUGCUUCCCUUCUGUUUGUCAUUGGCGAUGUCGAUAGCGUUGCGAAGUUCACAAAUGCCAUUCAAGCGUACUGUCAACAGUCACCCAAGAGUUCCCUACUACAAAAUCUGAUUCAAUAUUUAGGAAAGGACAAUUUAAGUGGCAACCAAUUUUGGAAUCAACUAUUGAAUCUUAGGAUUGCCCAAUUGGAGGAUGUCGAGAAAGUCGGAGUUCCCCCUUUCACCUGGAAUCAAGAUGAUGCUAUUCUCGCUGAUCACCCGCAAAUUCAAACAUUUUUAAGAGGUCCAAAUAAAACCAUAAAAUAUCAUGCGUUCACGAGUAUCGCUCAAGCUCGAAAGUUUGCCAACACUUACUUUGGUUUUGUGUCAAGUUGGGGUUGGUUAGGACGGAAUACACCAUCUCAUUCAUACACUGCGAGGGCUACAGCUGCUGGUGCUGGACGGAAUGCGCAUGUAGUGAUUGAGAAAACAACAGAAUGGUACGACAAAAAGAUCGCCCCUGCUAAACAAAAGUUGGAAGAAUUAAAGAAGCUGCGAAGUAUGGUAAACCGUGCUUCUUCAAGUUCCACCGAAACACAGCCACUGGAACCACAAGCAAAGAAAAGAGCCGUAGACGUUCUGUGCGUAGACUAAACAUUUACGGAAUAGACUGACUACGAAUGUUGAAUAUAGUUUUAUACUUUAACUCCAUUUACUUUAACUUUUGGGGACGUUUAGUUAGUUGUGUUUUGUUAUGUUUUUCAAGACUUGUUACCGAAUUGUGGAGCAAUGAAUUUAUUGACAUUUGGGAUAUUUACUACAUUUCUAUUUAUCCCGCUUGAACGGGAGAAACAGGCUGUUAGUUAUGGAUGAUCUAAUGUUUGAAAUUUUGUCAUGUUGCGCAUAUUUAACCCCGGAUGGGGUUUUAUUAAGCUUAGUUUAGACGAGCAAAUUUGCAAACUGAUUUGGCUUUAUAUUUUAAGCCUUGUUAUAAGGGGCCGAUUACAUGGACUGGGCUAGUGCUAGUAAGUAGUAAACCGGGCUGAAAUAAACUCACUAAACCUCGUUAGAUUAUAUUUUUUAGCAGUUGAAUAAUCGUUGCUAGAUAUUCAUUAGAGACUGUAAAUUCAGUACUGUAAAAUGUAGGCUUCACUGUCUGAACCUUUAAGCGUUUAUCGAAACACAAAAACAACAUUUUGAUGCCGUUUGAGUUUUUUUAAUGUUAUUUGUUUCCUUUUCGAUAUAAAAACCGUGCGUUGACACCUGGGAUGAAACGAAUACAUGGAAAAUUUCAUUCCGGCAAACUGCCAUCUUGCGACAAACGAGACAUCGGCAAAGCGGGCUAGCCCGUCUCCCAUGUAAUCAAAAUUUAUAUAAGAUUAUUAUAGUGCAGCCAUGUAAUCGGCCCCUAAAUUAUCAACAAGUGCAUUUGACAAAUUGCUGGCAUAAACUGUCCGAGUUUUUAUGUUCGGGCUUAUAAUACAGUAUAUCAACUGUCAUCUUUCAUUGUAUCAGUUUUAUUGUUCUCGUUGUUACAAGUGGAAAUUAAGAAUUAGAAUUUCAUCGUAGCUUGUAAAAUAGGAUAAAAAGAUAUAAACCACACGAGGUGUGUUGGUAUAGACAUGAUAUUGUUUGUCAAAUAAAAUGCGCUCGUAUAAACUAUGCUUUGCCCUGUAUACAUACCAUUUUGGAGUAGGUUUUUAGGGCUGUUUAAAAUUACACAUUGUGAAAAAAAAACUUAAAAGAUG